GUCCUGUCAGCCACUCCUCCAAGGUCGGGCGUACGUAAUGUUGCCGCUCUCUUACUCUUGUUGCGAUAGUGAGGCAAGUAAAACGUGUUGCAGCCCUACGAAAGCACAGCAGCCGGCAUCGACCACUAGCAGUCCUCUAUGUUGGGUCUUUCGGUUCGGCUGACCGCGUUGUACGAGCGACCGCUGGCGCGAGUCGCAAUACAUUCCCAGCAUGAAGACAAUUUGGCAAACUUUUGAGAUUUCUAAAGCGAGCGUGAAGCUUAGGCCGAAGAGAAAGCUGCGAUUACGCCUUUCGUUUAGUUUGUAGGAUACGCACUUAGCUUUCAAUUUCUCAAAGAACAGUGACGUCUUCAGGUUGGCCGAUAAAGCGUGAGCUUCAAAGAUGCCGCAUACAGAACUGGCCACCAUCGCCUGCAUAUUCGCAGUCUUGGCAGCCUUGCACGGGGCGUCCGCUUUGGUUAUCUGUACGCCCAGCCCACAGUCGUCCAACAUCGGCGACCGUGCCACCUGCCCCUUCACGAUGAUCACGGACGUGGACCCAGCCCGGAUCCCUUCGGAGUUGCCCGUCACCAAGUGCAACUGCCUGGGCAGUCGCUGUAGUGACGUGGGCGACUACCGCUGUCAAGAGGUGAGGAGCACGUUCCGCGUGGCGUACCGCGUCGGCGGUGGAACCUCGUCGGAGUUGACCAACAAGACGGUGGAACUGACCACGUCGUGCGUGUGCGUCGUCAACAGGUCGGCCGGAGCGCUGUGGGGCGGCAAGCGAACCGCAGGUUAGUGCUAAGUGCCCUCUUCGGCGGCCCCUGGUGAUUUGGCAUUUCCCGGAGCCUACCUGCACCUUCAGGGGUGCCGAUGGACAAGUCGCCUGGUGAUGAAUGGUGCUCGUCGACGCUGAUGUAUAUUACGUGUAGCCAGCAGGCCUCAUUCCUGGAGUUGUUUAAGAAAGCGCCGUGCGCCAUGAUUACCAACAGCAGUUGCAGCCAAGCGAACAUCUAAUUAAGCCACAGUCCUUUUAUCUGAUGCUUGGUAAUGACUUUAUUUCCGUUUCGUCUUCUUUCUCUUGUUGCUUUGUCACGGCUGCUGCUGAGCUAUUGAAGUGCUAGCGGAUAUUUAUGUGCAUUUGCCAAGCGACAGACCUCGCUUUGCAAAACAGCUGAGUUUUUAUUUUGUCUGAGCAAUACAUGCGAUGCAUGUGAACCACGAUUUUGCCACAUUACUGCCAACGAAAUCAUCACAAAGCUAAAAUGAGGCACCAUGAAAGUAAUGGCAGCGCUUACACUUCAUUCAAAAAUCAGCAAUGUCUAGAUAUAAUGUGCUAACCAUUCCCACUGGAAAGAAGAUUGUGCUGCCAUUCUGAGGCAGAUUGGGGAAGCAAAUUUCUGCCCUGUUUCUCCUUGAGGACUCAGAGAUUCUGUUCACCUCACAGCCUGAAUUUCCAAAGAAAAGCUAUACAUUUCGCGCUUUCUUACAAGCAAUACAAAACUCAGACGACCUGUUCAAGAAACGCACCGGGCGGGAAUUCUAAAUUCCCAUAUUAGAUAUACUGGGUAUGGGCGCUAGUGAAUGGUCCUCCCGAAACCCAAUGGCGCAAUGAAACGUGAGAACUCCUCGCGGGACCCCACAUGGGUCCGAUAAAUGGAGCAGCAAUGAUCCAUCCCAGGCGUUCACUCGUGGUCGGGACAAAGCGAGAGCGCAACACGUUGGCACCCGAAAGAUGGUGAACUGUGCCGGAGUCAGGCGGAUCCCACUUCGAAUGAGGCGAUAUGUAUGAGAAAUACUAAUUGACAGUGUACAAAAAAAAAUUCUGUAUUGAAACGCCCAUGCCUUGAAGAAGGAAAAAAAGAAGUGGGUCUUAUAUUUAUAGAGAAAUAAACUAAAGCUCGACAUACGAAUAUCAGGGUAUACCGUGUUGCCACUGAACCAAAUCAGUGCAUCUAAGCAUAGCUAUGGCUCUUGUCUUUUCUUAUAGUUUUUGUACCUUCUCAGUAUUCGUGGAUCUGCUUUCACUUGCCGAUCUCAAGUGUUCCUUAUCUCAUAACAAAUGAUCUGUUAAGCACUUUGACGCUACGAGCCUUCGACACAACCAUGACAGUUCAUGUGAAUUCACUGCCUCUCUCGCCCCGCAAAUUACUAGUGUCAACGAUAUAUACUUUUGUGUGAUGCAGCUGAGGAGUGUAAAUUUCAUGUAUCGUGUAUUCACGACGUGCACGGCUCGUGUCAACUUAAGACUCGUCAUUUCAUCUGGACUACCGUCAGCUAGGCUCUCCAAAUUUAACAAGACACCCACCGCCAUUCAAGCAACAUGACCAUUCAUACAACACGACAUGACCAUUCAUGCAACAUGACCUUCGCACUUCAGACAGAAAAAUUCACACUUUCUGCAGCGGCGACAUACUCGGCACAGCCUCAUCGAAUUUAGGAAUCUAGACGAAGUGCUUGAAAACUUUUGCUCACUUCUCAUCAAAAGUGUUUCUCAAUGUAUGGGAGAAGACCCCAUAAGCUGAUGAGAUUUAAGUCGUCUCUGUUCUGUCCGCAUGUCGCACAAUACCUCGAUUCAUAUUUCUUGAUUUAGAUUUUCUUUGUCUACAAGACAGAAAAAAAAAACGAAAUGACUUGGACAAGAACAAUAAGCUUGUCGUUUAUUCAGAGUCUCUUCAGCAUUGGCGUACAUUUCUUGCAAUAACGCAUAUUAACGUAUGUCAUAUUUUCGCUGCUCAACACAGGCAAAAUCAGGCUCUAUGCAUUAUAGCAGUGCCGAUUCAGAAUGUAGCAUUAAUAAGAUGUGAUAGAAAUACAAUUUCGUCGCUGAAUAAUUACUUUCUUUUACCACAGCUAAUCAUGCUUUACACGCUAGCCUCUAGCUCUCAUAAAGCUUUAUCGACCUUAAUGUUUUGAAAAACUCCGCAAUAAGGCUCAAAAAAUUUACUUCCUGUCCAUAUCUGAUGCUAUCUAUGGCAAAAUGACAUCUUGCUUUCCAGCUAUUAGCAUACAGAACAGUCUUCCAUAUCAGAUGAACACAUAUCCACCUCUUCCUAUGUCCAAGAAGUCAUUAAGAAAACUAUAUUUUGAACGGCUACAUUUUUAAACUAUAGAGCGCUUGUUUAACACUGCACCAUUGUGAUGUUCUUUACCUCGAUGUCUAAAGUGCCAGUUUGUUGGGCAAUUUGUGUAUUUAUGCUAUUUUUCUUCCAUAUUCACUAGCGUAAGUUAUUGCACAUAUUUUUAUAUUAUGUCUUAUUCGUAUAAUACUGCGCAUGGACCUUACGGGAGCAUUUUGUUCACAUUGGUAUCGUGUCCUUCACAUAUGUGUAUCUUUAGCCUAUCUGAUCAUCAGUAAAUAAAUAUUUUUUUAUUUUAAUUUAUUUUAUGAGUGGCUGGCACCCCAACAUUGUCCAAGAAGAAAUGGUCCCAUAUAUAGAAU